GAGAGAGAGAGAGUCUCGGGUUCUCGCUGCUGUAGAUGAGCUGAAAUUCCUCAGUAGAGUUUCCGCAGCUGUGCAUCUCGAGUCGGGCAGCUUUGCUGAGCUGGUCUGUGGGCGUUCAGACGCUGCUGGAGGGGGUUCUGUGGAUCCGCGUCAGUUCUAGCUAGUUUUAGUUGUUCUUUAACUCCACAGGAUCGCGGUUUGCUUCGGCUCCGAGCGCCGUACGCUCCUCCAUCGAUGCGAGCUGCCCUGUAAUGUGGGUCAGAAUGUUAGUUUCAGGGUUUAGAGGUCCAGUUCGGGGUUGAAUGGUGAUUAAAACCGGAGGAGAACAUCAUGUCUAAACGGGGGAGAAGCAGUGAAGUGUGCGCGGACUGUGGUUUACCAGAUCCGCGCUGGGCAUCGGUGAACAGAGCAGUGCUGAUCUGUGAUCAGUGUUGCAGUGUGCAUCGCAGUCUCGGACGCCACAGCUCACAAAUACGCCACCUCGUACACACCUCCUGGCCUCCAACACAGCUACAGAUGGUCCAGGCGUUGUAUAAUAAUGGAUCAAACUCAAUCUGGGAGCAGUCUCUGCUGGACUCAGCCUCAACGACGAGCGGCAAGAGGAAGGCCAGUCCUCAGGAUAAACUCCACCCAAACAAAGCUGAGUUUAUAAGAGCCAAAUAUCAAAUGCUGGCUUUCGUCCAUCGGGCACCCUGUCGCGAUGAGGACAGUUAUACCGCUAAGGACCUGAGCAAGCAACUUCACUCCAGCGUGCGGACGGGUAAUCUGGAAACGUGUCUGCGGUUACUCUCACUUGGAGCUCAAGCCAACUUCUUCCAUCCGGAGAAAGGCACCACGCCGCUGCAUGUUGCAGCUAAAGCAGGGCAGGUGUCGCAGGUGGAGCUGCUCUCGGUGUACGGAGCCGACCCUGGAGCUCCAGACGCCAACGGAAAAACACCCAUCGAGUACGCAAGACAGGCCGGCCACCUGGACCUGGUAGAUCGUCUGGUGGAAAUUCAGUAUGAACUGACCGACAGACUGGCCUUUUACCUGUGUGGCCGUAAGCCAGAUCAUAAGAAUGGACAACACUUCCUCAUCCCGCAGCUGGCCGACAGCAGCCAAGAUUUAACAGAGGUGGCCAAGGCUGCAAAAAGAAAACUACAGUCGCUCAGUAAUCACCUGUUUGAGGAGCUGGCGAUGGACGUGUACGAUGAGGUGGACAGAAGAGAAACAGACGCUGUUUGGUUGACCACUCAGAGCCACAGCACCUUGAUGACUGAAGCCGUGCUCGUGCCUUUCCUUCCUGUAAACCCCGAAUACUCCUCUACACGAAACCAGGGAAGACAGAAACUUGCCAGAUUCAACACUCACGAGUUUGCGACUCUUAUCAUCGACAUACUGAGUGAUGCGAUGCGUCGUCAGCAGGGGAGCUCGGCCACGAUUCCUAAAGACGAGCUGACUCUAAAGCGCUCGAGCAGUCGGCGCCCAAGCGAAAGCCAAGACACCGAUCAACACGACUACGACAGCGUGGCUUCAGACGAGGACACGGACGUCGAAGCGCAUUCUCUGAAAACAGGCCGAGCUAAGAGUCUGGACUCUGAUGUGUCGGACGGUCCAGUGUCGGUGCAGGAGUUUUUGGAGGUGAAGAACGCUCUGACAGCCUCCGAGGCCAAAAUCCAGCAGCUGAUGAAGGCCAACGUCACGCUGAGCGAGGAGCUGCGGCUCCUGCAGAAAAAGCUUCGCUCUCUGCAAAGUGAGAACAGCUCUCUCAGAUGCCAGACUUCAGCUCAGCCUCCCUGUCAGACCCCUAGAGCUCCUGAAGCCCCUAAUCACUCCGUACCGCCAUCCUCCUUCGCCCUGAAAAGUCGCCCCAUAACUAUGUACGAGACGAGCUCAGGUCUGAGGCCUUUUCUCAAAGCAGAGACGUCUCAGCUUGAGGAGUUUCCCUCCCUGCAACCCUUCCUAAUGCAUGUCUCCAAGGCUGAUAAGCAGAGCUGUGACGGUGACUAUGACAACACAGUCAACGACUCAGAACUGGAGGAUUCUGGGGUGCGAGUCAUUGGCUGGGGGGAGGAGCCAGAGGAUCUGGAGGUGGAGCUUAACCUUGCGCUCCCCACCACUGAGGACGUGAUCCGCAAAACAGAGCAGAUUACCAAAAACAUCCAGGAGCUGCUGAAAGCUGCCCAGGACAGCCAGCAGGACAGCAGGCUGUGUGAGCCGCGGGACAGCGUGCGGAGGCUCCGGCACAGUCUGGGCUGUUUCAGCACACUCAUGCCCUGGGCCGAGAAGCCCCCCUCCCCCAUGCAGCCUUUCGGUCUCCGCGGCUCUGGAACGUCCAGCAACCCCAAAACCCCCAACAACCCUGUCAAUCCCAUCAGCCCCAGCAACCCGGCCUCCUGCUUUGUAUCCUGUGCAGAAAGAAUACACAUGGCUGUAAGUGACAUGGUGGCUUUAUUUCCCAAGAAGCCUCGCUCGGAGACAGUUCGUGGCUCUUUGCGGUCGCUGAAGUCCAAUGCCCACCGGCUGCAGGUCCAGUGCAGGAAAACGUCCAAUCCAGACAGCGUCUUCACACAGCAGGUCAUCCAGUGCGCCUACGACAUCGCCAAGGCUGCCAAGCAACUUGUAACCAUAACAACCAAAGAGAACAGCAUCUGAUCCCCCCGAUUCCUUCUGGAAACCAAAACCUACAAGCCCCGCCCAUUCCUCUCCCUGCAGCCUCAGGCUGACUUGUGUGGAUUUUUUAUAGCUUAUAAAAUCAGUUUAUUUUGUAUUUUAUAUGUAUUUGUUUGCAACUAUUUGAAGACAACAUUAAUACCAUUUAUAAAAUUCGAAUACAACCCUGUUUCCAAAAAAUUUGGGACACUCUGUAAACUGUAAAUAAAAACAGAAUGCAUUGUUA